AUGGCGGCAAGUCGCACGGACGAGCUCGUUGCACUUGCGAUCACGACCAACGCCCGCGGGUACCGCCACCUCGUGUCGCUCUACAAGGCCCAGUACCACGUGGACGAGCUCCAAGCAGAGGACAAGGCGUGCGUCACGGCCGCCGUACGCGCGCUCCGCGUGCAGGACGCAGCGGCCGACCGGGCGCCCGCGCCAGCAGGCGUCGCCGUCUUGACCGCGUAUACGACCGACUAUAGCAUUGGCGCCGCUUGCGCCGCCAUCAACAAGCAGUACGCCGAUCGCCACGGGUACGAGUUUUACUGCGACGAGCUGCCGUACGACGAGAUGAUGAGCGCGAUUGCGCCGCGCCGCUUUUGCGGCUGGUACAAGGUCGCCAUGCUCCGGCGCCUCUUGGCCAAUCUGGACGACUUGGACGCGCGAGGCAUCGGCUAUCUCUUCUGGAUCGACGCCGAUGCCGUUGUCAUCGAUCAAGACAAGCCUGCGUCUGCACUCAUUGCCGCGGCGGGCCAUCGCGAGCUCAUUCUUGCCGAGGACAUGAACCCGUGCUGCCUCGUCAACACAGGCGUGCUCCUCGUCCGCGUCUGCGAGUGGAGCCAGCGCGUCUGGGACGACGUCUGGGCCAUGCGGCGGUACUUUGACGUCUUCUUUUACGAGCAGUCGGCGCUCCUCCGGGUUUUAAAACAGCGCGACGAAGGCCUUCUCGACGUCCAGCCCUUCCACAGCUUUGUCAAGCGCGGCCCUAGUGGCCUCAAACUCUUCCCGCACGUGGCCGUGACGCCGCAUUUGGCCCUCAACUCGAACCGAUGUCGCGGGCUCACGGUUCACGUCAGCGAUCCGGCUCGACGCAUCGACACAAACCACUCUGCGGACGAAGACCCACACGCAAUGGCCGAGUAUAUUUUCCACUGCGCCGGUCGUUGUGACAAGGCGCGGACGCUGGAGGCCGUACUCGCCGCGCACGGGCUGGACACGUCGUCGCUCGGGCUCUCGCAGCUCAAGCUCGUGCGCUCCAAAGCCACAAGCGCCGUCCCAAAGGAAUAGAUCAACACGUCAAACACACGA